UGACACCGCUGAAGACGCAGCUCGAGCUUAUGACCGAGCCGCCUAUUCAAUGAGAGGCAAAUCCGCAAUUCUCAACUUUCCUCAUGAGUACAACAUGGGAAGCGGAUCUUCCUCAAACUCCGCAGCCACUACAGCAAACUCGUCCUCUUCGAGGCAAGUUUUUGAGUUUGAGUACUUGGACGAUAGUGUUUUGGAGGAACUUCUUGAAUAUGGAGAGAACUACAACAAGAAUAAUAAUGUUAACAUGGGUAAGAGUAAGAGACAAUAA